AUGGCACCUAAGAGAAGUAUCAUCGUCACUGGCGGAGCCUCUGGGAUUGGACUGGGUAUAACCCGGCACUUCAUCACAGAGCCAAAUACUCACAUCACAGUUCUGGAUGUGAACCCGACAACUGGUGCGCAAACACUGGAUCAGCUGCGGGCUGAAUUUCCAUCAGCUGGAGUCUCAUUUGAGCAAUGCGACGUCUCAUCCUGGGAAAGCCAAGCAGAGGUGUUUGAAAGAAUACACUCACAGCAAGGCCGAAUCGACGUAGUUUUCGCUAAUGCGGGUAUCACGGAGAAAGGAAGUCUCUUACCUGAGAAGGGCGGUAACAGCAAUGGACCGACAAAGCCGAAUUUGGCGACCGUAAAUGUGAAUUUUGUUGGGGUCAUAUACUCUGUGCAGCUCGCCAUCCAUUAUAUGGCUAAGAACGAACUCUCCGGUUCUUCAAAGGGUUUGAUUGUGUGCACUGCCUCAAAUGCAGGGCUAUAUCCAUUCCCUAUGGCCCCAAUCUACUCAGCAACAAAGCACGGUGUCAUCGGACUUGUGCGGUCUCUCGCUCGUCCGUUGGAGGCAGAGAGCAUUCGGAUCAAUGCACUGGCUCCGGCUGUAAUCGCCACGAACAUUGCACCCAGUACAGAUCUAUUCAAAUCAAUGGCCCUCACGCCCAUGUCAACUGCGACGAAGGCCGUAGCACAGCUUGUGGAGGACGAGACACUCACUGGAAGAGUUGCAGAACUGCACGGAGAGCAUGUUACACUGGCAGAGGCACCAGCUUAUGUUGAUGAGGAUACCGGGAAGAACAUAGAGACAUUCUGGAGCCUCGGAUACGCGUGA